AAAAUACCUUGAGAAUAAAAGGUAAUGAUUAAUCUAUCAGGCACAAGAAGGAUCGUUUGUGGAUUUCAAGUUCUAGCUCGCUAAUUCAAAUAAACAGCACUGAACAGGAGAUGACAAUUUCACCAGAAGUGGAUUAAGUCACAGUCUCUAAUUGGUACAGCAUUUGUACCGUCAGAGAGUCUCACCAGACAUCACCAGGAAUCUGUGAGCAUUUGUCAAAACUUCCAUUUUCAUUUGGGACUGAAGCAGGGACCAGAAGAAGCAGAUAUUGGUGGAGAGUGGUCCUUGGAGAAGCCCCAAGAUGCAUCCUGAGAAGGGACAAAAGAGGAGAAGCUUCAAGCAGAGACUGGUCUUGAAGAGCAGCUUAGCUAAAGAAACGCUCUCUGAGUUCUUGGGCACAUUUAUAAUGCUUGUCCUUGGAUGUGGCUCUGUUGCCCAAGCUAUCCUUAGUCGAGGAAAGUUUGGAGGAAUUGUCACUAUCAAUGUUGGCUUUGCGAUGGCUGUCACGGUGGCCAUUUACGUGACUGGAGGUGUCUCUGGCGGUCACAUCAACCCAGCUGUGUCUUUCGCGAUGUGUCUCUUUGGACGGAUGAAAUGGUUCAAAUUUCCAUUUUACGUCGGAGCCCAGUUCUUGGGAGCUUUUGUAGGGGCUGCAACCCUCUUUGGCAUUUACUAUGAUGGACUUAUGACCUUCGCUGAUGGAAAAUUGCUCAUCGUGGGAGAAAAUGCUACAGCAUUAAUUUUUGCAACAUACCCAGCUCCGUAUCUGUCUUUGGUGAACGCAUUUGCAGACCAGGUAGUGGCCUCCAUGUUCCUCAUCAUGGUAGUCUUUGCCAUUUUUGACUCCAGAAACUUGGGGGUCCCCAGAGGCCUAGAGCCAGUCGUCGUCGGCCUCCUGAUCAUCGCCAUCGCGUCCUCCCUGGGGUUGAAUAGUGGCUGUGCCAUGAACCCAGCACGAGACCUGAGUCCCAGAGUUUUCACUGCUUUGGCAGGAUGGGGCUUUGAGGUCUUCACAGCUGGAAAUCACUUCUGGUGGAUUCCUGUAGUUGGGCCUAUGGUUGGUGCCUUCGUGGGAGGCCUCAUCUAUGUUUUUGUCAUCGAAAUCCACCACCCAAGCCCUGACCCUGACUUCGAGGCCGAAGAAUCUGAGGACAAACCAGAGAAAUAUGAACUUAAAGUGAUAAUGUAGUCGUGUGCUCAGUUCCGGGUUUGCUAUUGGUUGAGCCGGUGUUCUCAGCAAAGACAGAAACCAGAUGUCUGUGUUUUCACAACUAUGGUGGAAUCCACCCAGUUUUCUCUGCUAGCCAUGUGGGACACCUAAUUGUAAAAGCAUCUGAGUGACGGUUUGCAAACACUCUUUUCUACCAAUUUCCCCCAGACAGCACCGACUGUCCCCUGAAAUAGCCUUCUCUGCCUGUUUAUUUCAUCCUUAGAUGGGAAUCCUUAUUACAGGGUGAGCAUUCAUCACCUGGAACCUUGACCAUGGACUUAUUUGGAUAGUCUCAGUUUACCUGUAUAAAAUAGUAUCCCCAAAGCCUUGUUUUUGAUAUCUACAAAGGUUACAUUCUGAGUAUCAACCACAACUAAAUUGAAAGACAAAACAGAGAUUUCAGUUAAUGUGUCCAUAAAUUAGGGAGCCAAUGGGUUCACUCUCUAGUUAUGCGGUGCCACUGUAUUUGUAAUAAAUACUGACACUCUCUCAACCUAGGGAUGUAGGAAGCAGUAGAACACAGCUGGACCGCACAGGGAAAGGAUGCUGUGGCAUUCAGGAGCCUCAGGAGACAAGAUAACUUUGGGAAACCAAAUGGAUUUUUUUAAAUGGAAAGCAUGUAUCAGAUUAAUCCCUUGCUCUUUGCAUUAUAGAAGGCACAAAAGAACUCGCUGGCUUUUAGUAUAUAAUAACCUGAAAUACAUUUUUAACCUUGGUCAUGAAAAAUACAUCACUCUGUAUUUUUAACUCAA